UUGAAUAUGUAAAUUAAUAUAUCAACAAUGCCCGCGCUUAUUAAUAUAAAUGCACGAUUACUCAUAUUACGAUUGCGUGUAUAUUGGAACAUAUUUGCAUAUUCCAAAGCAAAGCAAUUUAUAUAUGUAUGCAUUCGAUGAAAUACUUGAAACCAAUACCAGUGUGGGUUGAGAAGGAGGAGCAGCGUUUAAAGUGAGGAUAAACGAACAUCAUGAAUCAACUGCAAGCCUAUGAGUUUAAACGCCAUGAAAAAAUGGUGCGCGGAUUUUUUAAGACCGGGGUUGCGCAAGUUGUCUUCGGAAUUCUAGCCGUUGUUCUGGGUGUCAUUUCAUUAUCAAUUCGUCAUAUACAUGAUACCGAGGGAUUCUUGAUUAUGUCUUCACAUAUGAAUGUUUGGAGUAACAUUGUGUUUUGCAUCACUGGCGGAAUAGGAAUUGCAACUAGAGAAAAUCCUUCUUCUACUUUGGCAAGUGCGUAUUUUCGUCUGGGAUUGUUUUCUAUUUUGCUAUCGUUUGCUCUUCUUAUGAUGAAUAUAUUUGGACUUGUGUCGGCGCAUGCAAUAUCUCCGAUUGUUGCUGAGGGCGACAAUUCUUUGAAAAUAACAAUGAUGGCAAUUCACUCAACUCUCACAGCUAUUGGUAUAUUGCAAAUGAACCUUUUCUUAGUUUCCAUUGCAUACAAAUGUUGCAGACCGCUGAAUGACGCGAAUGAGCAACUGAAAUGUGAGCAAGCUCGCAGGCGACAGACAUGAUUGAGAGUCAAUCUUCAUGUUAUACUUGUUUUAAACUCAGACUAGAGUACUGAUGUUGUUAUGCAAGAAUGGCAUUCAGUACAAUUUUUGGAAUUAUGUUUGAAGUAGUGGUUGGUUCUUAAACAUUUGAAUAUCAACAUCCAUAAAACGCCUUGUGAAUUUCGAUUACCUUAUUAUACUGAUGAAAUCACACGAUGUAGUAUUUCAAUUUGAGAAAGAAGAACGCUUUAACAGAAUAAUAACGUCAUAAAUCAUCUCAGUGAAAGAGAUGGGUCUGUUCUGGUGAUAUCAAGCAAUUGAAUCUUAACACAAGAUAGUACUGGCAACAUCUCAUGGUUUUUGUUGUCAAUCAGCUUAUUUUGAUAUUUUGCUUCUUUAGUCUUUGCUGGAUGUGGGUUUUCAAUAAAAUAUGAAAUAUCGGUUGUGAAAC